CUGAGCCGAGCCGAGCUGAGCCGAGCCGAGCCGAGCCGAGCCGAAAUGCAGCGUGCGGCAGCGGGGGUGCUGCGGGCGGCCCGGGCUCUGCUCUAUGAGCGACACGGGGAGCCCUCUGCCGUGGUGCAACUGAAGGACAUCGAAGUGCCCAAGCUGGGGGACACCGAUGUCCACGUCAAGAUGUUGGCAGCUCCCGUCAAUCCCGCUGACAUCAAUAUGAUCCAAGGGACGUACGCCACCCUCUCCCCAUUGCCGGCUGUGGGAGGCAAUGAAGGUGUUGGGGAGGUGCUGGAGGUCGGGAGCCGUGUGGCAGCUCUGAAAGCUGGAGACUGGGUCAUCCCGGCCACCUCCGGACUCGGCACGUGGCGGACGCAGGGGGUGUUCCCUGAGCAGAUGCUGCUGAAGGUGCCCAGGGACAUCCCAAUGCUGUGCGCUGCCACCCUGAGUGUCAACCCCUGCACAGCGUACCGCAUGCUGGCUGACUUCGAGACCCUGGCACCAGGGGACUCUGUCAUCCAGAACGCAGCCAACAGCGGCGUGGGCCAGGCUGUUAUCCAGAUUGCCAAAGCCUCUGGCAUCAAGACCAUCAAUGUGGUGAGGGACAGACCUGAUCUCCCAAAGCUGGUGGAGAGGCUGACAGCGCUGGGUGCCGACCAUGUCAUCACAGAGGACAUGCUGAGAAAGCCAGAAAUGAAAGAUGUAUUUAAGAGCAUCCCAAAGCCCCGGCUCGCCCUGAACUGCGUCGGAGGCAAAAGCACAACAGAGAUGCUGCGGCAUCUGCAGCCCAAAGGCACCAUGGUCACCUAUGGUGGGAUGGCAAAGCAGCCUGUGAUGGUGCCUGUGAGUGCCUUCAUCUUCCGGGACGUGCGGCUCCGCGGCUUCUGGAUGACACAGUGGAGGAAGGAGCAUGAGCAGGACCAGCAUAGCGUGGCCACCAUGAUGGAUGCCCUGUGCCAGCUCAUCCGCAGGGGCCAACUCACCGCACCAGCCUGCACCCAGGUCCCGCUCCAGGACUACCAGGAGGCUCUGGAAGCUGCCAUGAAGCCCUUCACAUCCUCAAAGCAGAUCCUCCUCCUCUGAGCUGCAGCUCCGUGCUGCUCCCCAUGGCCACACUUCCCUUGGCUGCCUCGGAGGGGCUCAGAGAUGGGGGGAAAACCUCCAGAUCCAUUGAUUUUUGUCUGUUUUUACCCUUUCAGGAGCCUGUUUCAAGGUUUAAAGCCCCCUGCAGCUCCCCAUGGCUGGCAGCGUGCACACUGAUGGGCAGGGGGGCCGGGGGAGCUUGGCUGCAAGAGGAUGCUCAGGGAGCGCAGGGGCUGCAUUGGCUCAGCUCAGGGAGGCAGGAGAGCAGCAGCUGCCCCUCACACGAGUGCUUUGGGGCUGCCUCCUGCCCGCAUCGGUGCCAGUGUGGUUCUGCUCUUUGCACUGUCCCCAGGGGUGAUUUUUGGGUGCUUUCGGGUCACUUUGCAGGGUAUCCCAGGGCCUUUCUCCCAGCCCCAUUCACUACUGCAGCCGCUGAGCCACCUCCGUGCCCCCAUCCCAAGGGCAGCAGCCAAGAGCCUAUGGUUUGGGGGCAUUCCCUGUGCUGAAACGCAGGGAAAACCCGGUUAUUUCUACCUUUCAACGUGGUUUUCCCCCGCCCUGCCCAUGCUGUGCUGCAGGACGGGGGCAGGGCAAGCCUAUGAAGGCCUGAGCACAAGGGGAUUUCCCAGCCUUUGGCAACACUGGAUCCCAAACCCGACCUCAAACAGCGAAGGAAGGGGAGGAGGAAGCGCGAGUUACCCAUGGGCACUGCGAACAAGCAGUGAUGCUGGGGGGGUGGCAUUGAGCUCAUGGCCAGGUGAAUGCAGGGCAAGGGGCUUUUUGCCAGGCUUGGAUUUGACUUGAGUUUUGCUGCUGUUGCACUGCGGACUGUGAGGAGAACCUCAUGGAAUUCGAUGUGUGAUGGAUACAAGCCUGGUUUUCCAAGCUGCUGACAAUAAAUGUUGGCCUCUUGGCUUUUCCUAUGGAGAAUUUGGGCUGCUCUAAAAUCCCAGCAGGGAAAUGGCCCCAUAGAGGCAGAGCAUCAAACCUAGCAUCUCCUGCGCGCUCUCCCAUCACUAUGGAGGCAGAGCAGUGUUGUGUGGCCCAGAGCUUUCCUGGUCCGUGCUGCAAGUGGAUGGAAAAAGCAUGGAGAGGGCUCUGAGAUGGUUAAAGGCACUAUUGAGGGUGACAUAAACCAGACAAUUUAACGCAAAGCUUUAAUCCCCUUGUUUGUUUGACUCGGCAAUAAAGCCCAACAAGCGUUUGAGAGCUCCCUUGCA